UCUCUGACAAGCGGAUGCAAUGAGACCAGGUUUUCAGUUUGGUCAUGUGACGUUCGACACAUACCCUAUACGGUUUUGGGAAACAGUCGUGACUAGUUGAUUUGUUCAACGAUGCAUCGUAUUGUGGUAGAAGCAGCGAGUUAACAUACGUUGUUGUAUAGGAAACGCACCCCAGAACAGCUUAGUAAUUCCAUAUCAACGUCUCAGCAACCGCCCAUAGUGUCUUAGCAUUGUGGUGCAUUGUUUUCCAUGGGCAAACACCACUCAUAUUUUCUCAUAGUUUUUAAAUGUCAUCUCUCAGCUUAAACUGAGAACUAGACUGAGUUAAUUUCCUGGCUCCUCCCAGCGGGUUGGUUGUACAGUAAUCUGGUUGUAAUCUUCUUAGCUCACACAACGUGCUCUCUGCAGUUUGAAGGUUUCUCCCACAUUUUAUACAGAUCAUUAACUAAAGAUGACACAAAAUGGAGGCAUUAGCAAAUAUAACAUGCUGCCCCUGAGGAUCUGUAUUGAGAUGGCAAAAUGUGAAUAACAAGCAACAUGCCGUUGCCUGAGGAAAAUGCUGAUGAGCCUCUGUAUGCUCAGAAAGACAGUACAGCUUCAUACAAGAACACACCGCUGAGCAAACUUCCCUCUAUUCUUACAUUUGGUUCUGAGCCCUUCAUUCAGCAAACACUCUUCAAGAGGGGAACAGACUGCACUUUUGAUCUUCCUCACCACAAGAACAUUUAUUCGGUUUCAGAGAGUGCAAGUGGCUCAAAAUAUGCCAGAAGAGCUACAACACUAAGUGAUGCUACAGCCCUCAUAUGUUGUAAUACAGCAGCCAAGCAUAAGUGUGAGCAAUGGAAGACCCCAGAGAGGGAUUUUACUGAGUAUUCCUCAUUAUCCACAAUUUCAAAGAAAGACAGACCGCCGACCUGCUUUAAAUCUGCAGACAUUGCUUAUAAACCCCAAAAGGAAGCACUCGCUUUUCAAAGACAAGAUGAAAGGCUUUCAUCCUGUACCUUUCAUGAGCUUCUUGAGUCCUCGUGGAUGUCUGCAAACUUGCAUUGCUCGAUGCUACACUUCAACUCAACUGAACAAGCAGUCUCUUUUUUGGAACAUCAAACUCCCAACUUAUCCGUAACCACCUCCGCGGUUUCCUCUCUCACAAUACCUGUCGUCACGGAAAGUGAAAGGCACAGUAGCUACAUUCCAAGAGAUAUCAAAAGACAACCAAGAAAUGAGCAGCUUCAGUGCUGUAAUACAAGAUUCAGCUCUAGUCAUGUCCCUAGAGUAUCUAUACAUAGCAAACAACCAAACAAAUCUCGACAAAAUGAAGAUUUUGUCAGAGACAGAAGAACUGAUGGUGACAAAUUGGCUUUUGAUGGCCCUACUGAGAUUAACCCUCAUAAAAGGCUUGAAAUGCAGGAGAAUUUGAGUCAAAUGCACCCACUGGUGAUUCAUAGAGAGGAUGUAAAGAACCAUACGCAAACCAUGCAAAGAGUUUAUCUUAAAGAAGCAUAUAAAUAUCCUCCAGGACUGGCAGGAAGUAGGAAUGAACUAGUGUCUACUGAUGGACAAUAUUUUACAUCUCAUCAACACUCAUCUUUUGCAAAGUGUAAAGCCAUGGCUGCAACAGAAGCUCGGAUUUCUGCUCAGCUUGAUGUGGCACCAGAGGCUUAUGAUGGCUUUGAUGAAAAGAAAAUAGAAGAAAGGUGUGAAGACCUGUAUAGGUUCCGUCUGCGGUUGCGCUGUCUGAGAUUGUGGUCCAAAAGACUCAGGUUACUCUCUCAAGCCUGCUGUCAUGACAGAAGACGGGUUUUAAGCAAAGCUCUGUAUGUUCUGCGAUGGGCCGCAAAGAUUCAUUGUUCUCAAAAUGAUGCAGUGGAGAAGAGGAGAUGUAAUUUCCUGCUCUAUCAGAGUUUUUACCAGUGGAAGAAUCACUAUGAGAGCAGACACCUGGAUAACUCAUUACACAAUGAGCGCAACACAGAUGCUUUGAGAAAACGACUCAUUCAGCCCAGCAGAACUUUGGUUUUGAUGACCACAUGUUCCACCUGGAGGAACCUACGUGUGCUCAGAGCAGCUGUGAUUCAUUAUCAUCUAUCUGUACUGUAUAAGCACUGGCUUCUGUGGAGGCAGGCGUGUUUAAAGCAGUUCUCUAGAAGACAGCAGGAGUGGUGGGCAUGUUCGUGGUGGGGCAGACAACUCCAGAGCAAAGUCUGGACCCUGUGGAUAAUAACCUAUCAGAGAAAACAGCUGGCCACUGAUCAGUACAGCAUGCGUUUAUUAGCAUCAGCAUGGAUGAAAUGGAAGAUCAGUAACCGUCAGAAGAAGCUGGAGAAGUUGAUGCAGUCCACUCAGAUAAACAAGCUUCUUCACUUCUUCCAUCAUUGGCAGAAAAGGACAGAAACCUGUCAAAGAGAGAGAGAAAAACAGUUCCUUUUGAGUCGACGUACCCUGCACUACUGGCAUUGCUACGUUCAGAAGACAAAACUAACACGUUUGAGCACCAGAGUCCCAUGGGUGCUUUCCAGACAGAUGUUAGCAGUAAACUUCAGGAAGUGGAGAGAUUUCACAGGAAGGAGGCAGGAAACAAGGAGAUGUCUGGAGAGAAUGUGCCACCUGCAGGAUAAAGGUAGAAUGCAGACUACAUUUAUAAUGUGGCGUCAAAAGGCUCGGGCAAGGAAAGAGUUAAGGAGACUACGGGAGAAUUUACAAAAAGCUCAACUCUCAAGGUGUUUAUUGGCGUGGAAAGCACUGGUCCAGCGCAGUGCAUUGCUUCUGCAUUACUGUUAUCACAGAAAGGCUCUGACACUCAAGACAUGCUUACAGCAAUGGAGCAGAUCUCUACAGCUACACUGUCUGCAGAAGGAUUUCCUCAUCCACCAGUUUCAUACAAGACAGAAAAACACAGGCUGUACGAUGGAAGUGUUCAAAUGGAAAACAGGCAUUCCAGCUCAAGAACUAUCAGCAAUGCUGCUGCUCCACAACACUCUUCAUAAGUGGACAGUGAUAUUAGUGAAACAACAGUUGGCACAAUCUCAGAGAUCAGCUCAAGAUAGAGCUGUUCAGCGGGCUGCUCUUCUGGAGUGGUACAGACACACUCAGGCUGUUUUCUCUGAUGCAGUUCUGCUCUUCACAGCCAGACUGGCUCAUGUUCAUCCAUCCUCCUAUUCCUCGUCCAGCUCUGAUCCUCUUAUGUCCACUGCUGUACCUCAGGUUUCUCUGGUAGAAUGUGAAAACUGCACAGCAGAAGAUGAUAGUUUGGAGCGAAGUGUGUUGACACACAGAGAGCAACACUGCCCUCUACUUGCCACAGAAUCACAGCACAGCCACAUGUCAUGGACUGUAUCAGAGGAACACAGAUCUCUGCCGUCAGUUAUCAGUACAAUUUCUGAGGAACACAAAGGCCCAGGAGAUGAGAGAAUGGUUUAUAGUUGUUUCUGGGGCUCCUAUGAUCACUGCAGACUUUGCAGAUCAAAGGUUGUGCUGCUAAGAGCCCUCGGCAGGAUGAUGCAUCCUGAUUUGAGUCUGGCUUUUUCCCAGUGGAGGAGUCUAGUGCACACUAACAGAGAUAUGAGACUACAGGCGGAUCUCUGUAGAAAAAGCAGGAGACGUAAAGAACUGACUGUGGUUUUCAGGGUGUGGAGAGCUCAUACUCAAAUGCACUGCAGGGCUGUCCAGCACUGGGAGAGGAGGGUGCUCAUUCACUCUGUCCUUCAGUGGGAACUAAUGGUUUGGCAGAGAUGCAGGAAGCAUAUGUUGGAACAGCAUGCAGCACUUACCCAUGACACCAGUCUACUCAGACACUGCUUCUGUACAUGGACCAGACUGGCCGUGGGGCCCUACUGUGAGCAGCAGAAGUGUGCUGUUGAAUGGAUGGCGAGAAAAGCAGAGAUACACAGACUGAACUUGAGCUUCUCCACGUGGGUAACAUGUGUAAGCCAGCAGCAGACUGCCAGAGCCGUUUAUAUUCGCACACUACAGAACAGAGUGUUUUUGGCAUGGCUGAGUUGUGUGCAGGCCUGUAAGCAGAGGCAGGCAUCAGCUCUGUCCUUUUCACACUACAGACUGCGAGUCUGUUUCUGUCAGUGGAGAAUGAUCUGUGCUCAGCAGCAGCUCGCCAACAGCAAAGUACAACACAGACUCCACCUGAGAGUCAAAGCCAUCUUACAGCAGUGGAGAAAACAUGCACAAUAUAAGGCUCAUCGACAGGCUCUUCUAUGUGAGUAUGAUGAGAGGAGGAAGAUUGUCAUGAAGAGAAGAACAUUUCGAAUCUGGAGCCAGGCAGUGGAAUAUUUCAGAAGAUCUCAGCAUCAUCACCAAAGAGCCUUAAAAUACAGAUAUUUCUCUCAGUGGCUUCAUGAGUUCUGGCAUCAGUCAGAGCUGCUGUGUAUAAGCAGAGAGCUGGAGGAGGUCCGGACGCAGAGACUACAGCGUAGUGCUUUCUGUCUCUGGCAGUUCGAACUCAGCCAUGUACAUUCUCACAUACUUCACAUCACAAGUCUCAUCCACCGCUGGGAAGACACUCGGCGUCUCCGUCUUUAUCUGUAUGUGUGGAGGGAGAGACUUGUUGAUAGGAAGAGGGCCCGACUGGCAAUGCAUCAGUGGAGACAGCACAUCUCACGGGCCAGAAAGCAGAGAAACAACAUGUGGAGGAUGCAAAACAUGCUCCUGUGCUGGAAAGCAGCUUUCAGACAGAGGGUCAGGAGCAGAGAUCACUGUACACAGAGACAGCAGAGGAGGGUUCUGCUGGCAUGGCACAGACAAACAGUAUUAGCCCAGAGACUGAGGUACAGAGAGGCCUGGUUCCAGUACAGCAGUGAGAUGAGACUGCUGGCUGCUGUAUUCAUAGAGUGGAGAAAAGCUCUCAUCCAGGGUCAACAGAGGAAGUGUGCAAUGGAGAGCCAGCUCAUCAUCUAUCAGAGCAGAGUUAGAGGUCGAGCUUUUCAUCGCUGGAGAACUGCUGCCAUGGAAUGUAGAGCGAUUAAAACAUUUAACAGCAGAUUACUUCACAAGAUGUUCAAGCGUUGGACACAUAGCAGGGAUUUGCUGAAAGUAGCAGACAUGUUUUGUGUUAAGAAGGAAAGAAGUGAAGCCCAGUUAGCUCUAAUGACGUGGUCACUGUGGGCCAAAGAACAUAAAGCCCAGAGGCAGAUGGGGGAGGCUGUGAGUCUCUGGCUGGAGGGCAGAGGAGUAUCUAGAACUUUCCAUCAUUGGGUCAGAGUGUACCAACAAUACCAGAAAGCUUCCCAACACAGACAGACACAGUUUUCACACAGCCAUUUCAGAGCUGUGAAGGGAAGAGUGCAUGGACUGACCCAUCUGUAUUGGACCUGUUGGAAAAACCAAACUGAAGCAUCAUUGCUGUACACACAACAAUAUGAGCGUUCUGUGCUGCAAAGAGCCUGGCUUACCUGGAGAAAGAGAAACAUCAGGAACAGAGUGUCUGCUGAUUACUCAUCCAACUUUAACAACAUGCUAUUGGCCCAGGUGUUGCAAGUGUGGUGGCAGCGAGCCCACGGAUCAGACUUUGAGCCCUAACAAGUUCUGUUUACAAGCAGAGUGUUAACAGAUGGAAACCAGCCAGGGCAGAUCAGAUCAUACCAGACUGCAGUAACUUCAGUCAUCACUACGACAUCUGCAAAAUAAUGACAGUUCACCUGGAGUAUUCAGUAACAGUUUAAGAACACAUCUACACAUUUCUACAUUUCAUUAUGUGAUGUAAAAUUCUCAUAAAUAUUUAUUACCACCCCCAUCCACAUUUGAAUCAAAAAAGAUUUUAUUGUAUUGGUCAAAUGUGUAAGGUUAAAGAGCAGGGCCUAAAACAAACUUUUUGCCACACCUGCCAAUGGUCGGUGAAAAUAUAGAAAAUAUACCGGCCAUAUAUUUUUUUUACCGGCCAUGAAACACCAGUUAUAACACCAGUGACACCAGUGAAAAAUCACAAUUUUCUAUUCAAAUUUCGAUACUAGGAUACGCGCUGAGACUGGCAUUUUUGACAUCAUUUUGUGUGAAUUUGUCCGUUCAAGCACAAGAUGAUGUGAAAAAGAGCUCAAUUUUGUAUUCGCAUGCUGCCUGAGACACAGCUUUCUGGGUGCGCCCUCCAGAUCUGUGCGCACACAAAACUUUCCACGGGGUGCGAGCAAUGAAUAGAGUUCCCUUUCAUGUUUUCUUGCACUUGAAUAUUUAAAUUGGCAAGGCUUAAACUUUCGUGACGAUGCAGCACUGGCCCAUCAACUGUCCAGAGCGUUGUUCAUGUUUGUUCAUGUUCAUGUUCUCACAACAUGGCAUUUUUAGUAUUCAGAAAAAUGUUACCGGCCAACUGCCGAUUGACAACGUUUCAUAUAUUCGCCAACACCAAUUUUUACUUGCAUUUGGCGCUUGGCGAGUGUUCAUUUUAAGCCCUGUUAAAGAGUUUACCAAGAGUAAGCCAAACAACAGGUGUUUUCAACCUAUUGCAUUAUCCACCAAGUCCACAGCAUGUAAAAGUAACAUGACACCUCUCCUUAAAAAGCUGCAUGAUUUGAGAUAUCAUUCAUCUAUGUAGCUGUAGCACAAACCAAAAAUAUUCAAACCAUUUUGUUAGUGACUGCAAGAACCCUUAUAGCAUAUUAGUAUAACUUUUUCAGUUACCGUUACUUUUAAAACAUUCUAAAUAAAUUCUAAUUGUCUGUCUUAAGUCUUUAACUCGUUCGGUGCUGUGAAUGAGCAGCAGGUGCUGAUUAAUGCUAACUAAUUGUGAAACAGUUCGCUAAACGGUCUCAUUUUCCACUAGAUAAAAUGGUUUAAAGUACUUUGACAUUCUGCCCAGUCAGUCCGCCUUCAUGCUGAUAUUUGUGCGCAGGUGUAGAUUGAUAGUUCCAGAAGAAAAAGAAUUCCCAGAACUUCCACGAGAAAUGCCAGCGGUUCAGAGGGUUCACUUAUGUAACAACCCUAUAGUGAGUAUAGAAUGAGUGUGUCAGGUUACUGACUCCUCCUCCUCUCCUCAUGUGGAAUGAGUACUCAGUGGAAGAACCAAGAGUGUUUCAAUUUCUCAGUGGUUUUUGGAAAAUGGCACUUAGGUUCCCAAGGUACUAAACCACUUUUAUAUACUCUAUGUAUUUAAAUCAAGUAUCAGUGUAGAACAUUUUCAUGCCUUUUUUGUCCAAUAAAACUUAAUAGGA